UAAGGGGGUUUGCUACAAGUUGGACCUCAGCCGGGGCCGGGCUUUCCCCGCGGUGAAAGCAUCUGCGCCCCCCAAGGACCAUGUCAUUGGACUUUGGCAGUGUGGCACUGCAGACCCAAAAUGACGACGAAGAAUACGACAAGGAGGAUUAUGAGAGGGAGAAAGAGCUGCAGCAGCUCCUCACAGACCUGCCUCAUGAUAUGCUGGACGAUGACCUGUCCUCCCCGGAGCUCCCCUAUUUGGACUGCAGUGAGGACGAUGCAGAGGGAGGACCUCAUGCUUCCGAGCCAUUGGAGAUGAACUGGAAUGACCAUCAGGUGCUGCCUAAACCUAAAGGUGCAAAUGACUAUAAUGAGAUUCGGGAUAUAUAUAUUGGAGAGAAAAUUGGCAAUGGCUGGGAAGAGAGUCAAAGUAAGACUGAAGGCCAGCAUCCUGGGUACCAUCCCGAAGAAGGUGGAGAUGAAGGCGGAAGGUGCUAUAGUCCUCCGACUAAAUUUGAACAGACUGAUUUAUAUCACCUUCCUGAAGACUUCAGGCCAUUUACCAAUGGUCAGAAGCAGGAAUUUAAUAACCAACCAGACAAUGUAAUUAAAUUUUCAGAUCCUCAAAGGAAUCGUUUUCAGCAAUUUGGUACAUCACAGGGUCCCAGUUGUCAAGUGUUGGAACCAUAUACAGUGACAUAUAAACCUUACCAACCUCCUGCUCAGAACGACUUACCAACCCAGGAGAUAGCAGAAGGUGACACGUUUGAAGGCCUGCAACAACAAUUUUUAGGAGCUAAUGAAAGCUCUCCAGAAAAUAUGCAGAUUAUUCAACUUCAGGUUCUUAACAAAGCAAAAGAGAGACAACUAGACAAUUUAGUUGAAAAGUUAAAUGAAAGUGAGCGUCAAGUCAGGUACCUGAAUCACCAGCUUCUGAUAACCAAAGAUGAAAAGGACGGUUUGACCCUCAGCCUUCGAGAGUCACAGAAACUCUUUCAGAAUGGGAAAGAAAGAGAGAUACAGCUUGAAGCACAAAUAAAAGCACUGGAGACCCAAAUACAAGCAUUAAAAGUCAACGAAGAACAGAUGAUUAAGAAGUCCAGGACAAUGGAAAUGGCUCUGGAAAGCCUGAAGCAGCAGCUGGUGGACCUCCAUCACUCCGAAUCCCUUCAGCGCGCCCGGGAGCAGCACGAGAGUGUGGUUGUGGGGCUCACCAACAAGUACGAGGGGCAGGUGGUGUCCUUGCAAAACAAAUUGGACGCUACGGUGACUGCUCUUCAGGAACAGGAAGACCUUUGCUGUCAUUUGAAAGAUAAGGUGAAACAACUGGAGAGGAAUCAAGAAGCAACCAAGUUAGAAAAGACCGAGAUCAUUAACAGAUUGUCAAGAAGUCUGGAGGAGAGUCAGAAGCAGUGCGCCAACUUGUUGCACUCAGGCUCAGUGCAGGAGGUGGCUCAGCUGCGGCUCCAGCUCCAGCAGGCGCAGAAGGCACAUGCUAUGAGUGAAAGCAUGAACAAGGCUCUGCAGGAAGAAUUGACAGAACUAAAAGAUGAAAUUUCUCUCUAUGAAUCUGCCGCAAAACUGGGAGUACUUCCCAGUGACUCAGCAGGAGAACCAAACACAGAACUCACCGAAUCGUACAUGGAUCUGGGUAUUCCAAAGGUCAACUGGAAAAAAUCCGAAGUUAAGAGUAUUGCUCAACAAGAAGACCCAAAUAAAGAGCUUUCCAAAGAUGAGGUGAUCCUGAAGCUGAAAGCAGAAGUGCAGCGUUUGCUGGACAGCAACUCGGUGAAGCGCCGCCUGGUGUCUCAGUUGCAGAGUGAUCUCAAAGGCUGUCGGAAGAAAAUCGAAGAUCUACAGCAAGUGGAGAAGGGUCUAAAAAGCAUGGAGCUUGAGCCUAAAACAGAUACCUCAGAGAAACCAACUAAUCUGUUAUGGCCUGACACUUCUACUUCUGAAAUGAUUGUCAAAGAUGAUAUUCUGCGACUUAAAGAUGAAAUGCAAGUUUUGCAACAACAAAAUCAGGCACUUAAAGAAACUGAAGAAAAACUGAGAACCACAAAUCAGGACUUAUGUAAUCAAAUGAGACAAAUGGUACAAGAUUUUGACCGUGAUAAACAAGAAACUGUUGAUAGGUGCGAGAGGACUUACCAGCAGCACCACGAAGCUGUGAAAGCCCAGAUUCGCGAGAGCCUGUUGGCAAAGCAUGCUUUGGAGAGGCAGCAGCUCUUUGAGGUUUAUGAGGGGACUCGCUUGCAACUUAGGUCUGAACUAGAUAAGGUGAUUAAGGAGAUGGCUGCUGUGCAGGAGUGCUACCUGGAAGUGUGCAAAGAGAAGGAUAAUCUCGAAUCGACGCUCAGGAAGACCAUUGAAAAGGAGCAGCAGGCUCGGGAGAAGAUGAAAGAAGAACUCCUUCAACAGCUUGAAAAGGAGUGGCAGUCUAAGCUGGAUCAGACUACAAAGGCAACGAAAAAGAAGACCUCCGAUUGCUACAGCCAAACAGACCAAGUAACCACCAUUGAUGCCGUUUCCCAGAAAGCGAUGGCAGUCAUGGUAGAAGAACAGAAGCGCAAGAUCCAGCAAGACUUAGAGCAGGAAAAGGAGAUGGCUGUCAGGGGGGCCUUGCAGAAACUCGAGGUUGAGCUGGAACUCAAAUAUUGUGAGAACAUCGCCAAACAGGUAGAAACCGCUGUGCAGAAUGCCCGUCGUCGGUGGCUGGAAGAGCUUCCCGAGCUUGCAGAGUAUAAGGCACGUGUCAGAGCAGAACAGAAGAGGUGGGAAGAACAACAGGAGAGCUCCGUGGCCAAACGGAUAUCGUCUGCUGUUUCUGAAGCUAAAGAGAAAUGGAAAAGUGAGCUUGAAAACAUGAAGAAAAAUGUACCACCUGGCAAGGAACUGGAAGAGAAGAUUCAUUCUCUCCAGAGAGAGCUCGAGUUAAAGGACCAGGAGGUCCCCGUGGUUGUCAGGGCCGAGCUGGCCAAGGCCCGGAGUGAGUGGAACAAAGAAAAGCAAGAAGAAAUCCACAGAAUUCAGGAACAAAAUGAGCAAGAUUACCGGCAGUUUUUAGAUGAUCAUCGAAAUAAGAUUAAUGAGGUGCUUGCAGCAGCUAAAGACGACUUUCUGAAACAAAAAACUGAACUGCUGCUUCAGAAGGAGACAGAAUUGCAAACCUGCCUAGACCAGAGUCGCAGAGAGUGGACGGUGCAGGAGGCCAGGCGGAUCCAGCUGGAAAUCUGUCAGUAUGAGGAGGACAUCCUGACUGUCCUUGAACUUCUGUUAGAGGACACCCGAAAGGAGCAUGCCGGUGGUCCAGGGAACAGGCAGCUCUCAGAACUCGUAUCAACUUGCUCUUCAAAAUGGGUGUCUGUGCGAUAUCUUGAAAAACUAAAGGCCUGCGUUCAGAAGGCACUUCAAGAUAUGCUGUCCCUGCUUCCAGAAAAUGCCACCCCAGACUGGGAAAAGAGAAAUAUGGCUAAGGUCUGUAAGGAUCCUGCCACAGGUGUCACUGGCCAAGGAGACCCUGGAGUCCUGGUCGUCCUUCCUGCGUCCACGUCUGGACACCGUGCUCAGGCCUCGGCCUCGAAAGAAACAGAAGCAGAAGCUGAUGAGGAAAAGAUCCCUGAACUUAAAGAUUCAUGCUGUGGACACGGCUUCCAAGAACUCGAAAAGGCAAAGCAGGAAUGUCAAGAUCUGAAACGAAAACUGGAGAAAUGCUGUAGGCAUCUUCAGCACUUAGAAAGGAAGCACAAAGCUGUGGUGGAAAAAAUCGGAGAAGAGAAUAGUAAAGUUGUUGAAGAAUUAAUAGAAGAAAACAAUGACAUGAAGAGUAAAUUGGAAGAACUGAGAACACUUUGUAACAUGCCACCAAGGUCCUUGUCAGAAGGGGCCAUUGAAAAUGCUUGUCUGCCGUACACCCAGGAGGCCUUGGAGGAACUUCGUGGGCAGUACAUUAAAGCAGUGAAAAAAAUCAAGCGUGACAUGCUCCGUUACAUCCGGGAGAGCAAGGAGAGAGCUGCGGAGAUGGUCAAGGCAGAGGUGCUGCGAGAGCGCCAGGAAACCACCCGCAAGAUGCGCGCCUACUAUCUGACUUGCCUCCAGCAGAUCUUGCAGGACAAUGGGAAACAGGAGGGAGCUGAGAAAAGGAUUAUGAACGCUGCUAGCAAGCUUGCUACAAUGGCGAAAUUGCUGGAAACGCCUGUUGCUAAUCGAUCCCAGAGCAAAACUACGGAGUCAGUACUGCCCCUGACUUCAGAGAAGAUUGGUGUUGAAAAAUCAAAAAGCAGUGACGUGAACCAGGAUGUACCGUGUCACAGUGAAAGCAGCUCGAACGGUAUGAAAACUCCCCCCAAAAGUUCGGGCGACCAAGUCCCUAGGAGGAGGGCUGCUUGUGACUUACGGAGCCGCUUGGAGGCCUCGGAGCGUGGGGACCUAAAGCUCGUGGGUCCCAAAGGGUCGCAGUCAGACUUUCAGUUUGGGGACAGCAGCCACAAGCACCUAGACAUUUUGCCAAGGACUGUUUCUCCGGAGUUUGUGCCCUAUGAAGGCAGGGGGGGCUCUGGCUCCCACAGGAGGAAGGACCUGGCCAGUGACGCAGGCCCGGGAUCCUGUCUGCCUCCAGCCGAGUACCCCUUUCUUGGAAGCUUCGGAAAGAAAUCCUCGCCCAGACACGGCCCCUGUCCCUCGGAGUCCGGAUCCACACCCAUAACUUGGCGAGGUCCUAACGGAAGACCUGGGGUCACGGUGUAUAGGGGUGUCCCGCCCGCGGGCCGCGGGAACGCCGGGUCCGGGGCCACAGGCUGCCUGGGCGUGGAGGACGCACCUGUCAGGGACGGAGGGGACCUUGGCGACUCCCUGAGCUCCUAUUCCAACAGUGCCACCCUCCCCUACCGCGGUCACGAAGGCUCAUUUCUACAUGGAGGGCCACGAGAAGCUCUGGAUGCGCUCGCCGAGGCUGGCCACUGCCAACAGUUUUUAGCAGCUGGUUGUCUUUCCGAUAAAAACAGUAAGAAUUGUCAGCCGAUGAAAUGUCGGAGUGGUCACGCUGCAGACCUGUCAGAAGAAACCGUGUAUUCCCAGCCGGGGAAGGUGGCCCUGGGACACCCAGCUCAUCGUAAGGCUGAGAUGUUAACGUCAGAUUUCAAAAAACCGAGCAGCUCAGAGCCAUCUGCAGUGCAUCUGCAGCCUUCGAGAAAACCGAUGGCUCCUCUGCCUAGCCAACAGGACAGUGGCUUUGAUAGCCCCUUUGUCAAUCUGGACUAGUUGUUGUACAGUAUUUAAGAAGAAUAUAUUGACCAAAAAAACUGGAAGGGAAGACUUCAUACUGAAAAAUUUGUGGGAGUCUAUUUUGAGAUGUUUUAAUAACAUCUAUUAUAUGAGUAAAGUAUUCUCAUAAAAUUACUUGAGAGAUUAAUGUCGCCUUCAUCUUCCAAAGGCCUGAUGGUGUCCGUGUAAUCUGUUUCCGUGUGGCGUUUAUAUUUGGUUGCUAAACCAUCUAUUUUUAUACUUAUAAAUUAGCUCUCUGUGCAGUGUUAAAUUAUUUAAAUAAACUUGCAUAU